AAAACAAGAACUUUCAAAUGGCAGCGCGAUGAAUACAAUCGAGAAGAAGACGAUAUUGGUGUUUUAGACCUAACACAGUUCUGUAAUAUGCAUCAGUUCAUAUUAUGUUGUGCUCCCAAUGUAUGCGAUGUGUUUUCAACCUUUAAUAACAAAGAUUAUCUAAAGGUGGAUGAAGAAAGAGAUGCGUUUGAAAUCGUGUUUCACCGUUAUAACAUUUCUUCUGAAGUGGUCGCACUUGCUGAUUUAUCCGAUGUUGAUUUACAGGACGAUAGUUCUCCCAGCCAUCUCAUUAUGAGCUCGAUGUUGAUGAGAUAUUUGUCUAGCCAUGAAGAAGGAGCUAAAAUUAAGCAUCAGUUCAUGAGUUCUUUGUUCGAGAAAAGAGGUGAAGAAUACGAUAUUUACCACGACAGCAAUUUAAAGGAAACUGUAAAAGUUGUACCGAUACUUCUACGCUUUAAGACGAGAUUAGAGCAACUGCUUGUUGAAUGGCCGGAGCAUCCAACGCUCGCUCAGGUAAAGAAGAGACUCGAGAUCGAAGCAAAUCCUGUGAAAUAUUAUAUUGGUUUUUCAACUUUAUCGAUUCUUAUUUUACAGUUGUGUCGAACCAUCGAGCGUAUUCUUUCAUUUUCUGUAACAAGUCCUGUAAUGAAAAUUCUUAAUGGUUUAGAAAUCUUGUUAAAGUAUUCACAGGAGUGGGAAUGUAAUGCCAGUCGCCAUGUUUCCAUAAGAAUCAAUCUGAAUGAAGUCACCCAAAUGAUUAUCCAAUAGAGAAAGUUAGAGUUAAGGUGCUGGUCUUCUUUGUUGCGAGUUUGUGAAGUGAACGUGAGCGAUAGAGCCAAUCAUUGGUGGUUUCAUCUUCAUCACGUGAUCCAGGAA